GUGACAGCUCGGCCAAUGGGAGGGCCGGACAGCGCCAGUUCGAACGGGGGGCGGGGCCGGCCGGUUGAACGCCAGAUUCAAAGCGGACGGUUGACACAAGGCGCAGGGAUUAUUCAGUGCGGCCCGGACCGGCUCGCCGCCAUUAUGGAGCUGCUGUCCCUGCGCCCGCUGGAGUCGCUCAAGUAUUGCGAGCUGCAGCAGGUGGCUAAGGUUGCCGGGCUCCGCGCUAACCUCAAGGCAGAUAAAUUAUUAAAAGCUCUGAAGCAACACUUUCAUGAGACAAACGAAGAAGGUGGAAGUAAGGACUCUGAAAGAAGUGCAUCAUCCUCCACGGACACAGAGUUCAAUAGUCAGGAGGAAGUGUCCUUUGUUACAGAAAGGCGUGGGAAACAGAGGAAGACAGCCACUAGAAAGAAAUUCUCCAAAGAAAAUGCUAAUACCAAUACAGAAAAUAGAGAAUUUUCUGUUGAGGAAGAGAAUGUUUCAGACAUGAAAGAAAAUGAAACACCCCCAGGUGAAGCUGACAUGGGACUGAAAAUACUCCAAAAUGAAGUGUCAGAUGAUGCUCUUCCAUCCCAUCCUGCAGAUGGGCAGAUCCCUCUACAUGUUGGCUGUCUGUCUAAGUCUGGGAAAAAAGGGAUGAAAUCAGUCACACCAAAUUUCAAGAAGCUGCAUGAGGCUCAUUUCAAGAAAAUGGAGUCUAUUGAUGACUACAUUGAGAGGAAAAAUAAACUUCUUGAAAACUUGGGCAGUUCCAUCAAUGAGGUCAAGGUACUGGCUAAAAAAUUUAACCAUCAAAAGGCAUUUGAAAAAGGAACCCCACACUGCAGUACCAAGAGAGGUUCGAGUGGCAGAAAAUUUUUAUUUAGCCCACAUCCCCAAAAGGGCAGGUUCUCUGCUACCUGUACUCCUGGUAACCUGCGGCAUUCACCAUGCAACUCUCUAAGCGCUGCAAGUCGAAGCGUUUUAUCAAGGAAAUCUUCAUGCAACCCUUCUGUCCUCUCAACAAAGAAAAUGAACGUCAGAUUCUCAGGAAGUACAAAGGACAAUGAACACAAGCGCUCCCUUGCCAAGACUCCAUCUAGAAAGUGUCCAGACUUGGAGAUCUGCACACCUGAUAGCAAGAAGAAGAGCAAGCCUAUAAUUAGUAACAGAGGUACAACGAAUCUUGAGCUGGCUGAGUCAAAGACCAAGGCUGCUGGUAAUUUUAUAGGAAGACUGAAGCCUUGGGGGGAAACAAAAGAAACCAGUACCCUGAAUAAAUCAGUGAAAAAGAGUCUCUCUUCACUUAAGAAAAAUUACAAACAACCACCUCUCCAGACCAGAGAAGAGAGGCGUGAAAAGCAUGAGCAGGAGAGAAAACAGAAAAAGACCCAGAUGCUUCGAACCCGCAGAGGGUUGACCAUGGCUUAAGAAUUUUAAAAUGUCUCAAUAACUUGUUGUAAAUAGUCUUCUCUGAGGAACACAACCAGUUCUUCCCUAAUUUUGUAAAUAUUUUCUAUAUGUAUUUUCUAUGAAUAAGAUCAGCUGACUUGACUUAACCAGUUGUUUGUAGGGUAGGGUUGUUUCAGUGGUGCUGGGCUUAAAAUCAUCUGUUAGUUCUUAAAUUAACAAGUAUGAUAUUAGCAUCUUAAGUCCUUUUAAUGUCUGUAGUAGAGCCCCUAGUAUUGCUAAUGUUAAGUUGAUUGAAUUAGGUCUUGGACUGGAUGGAUAUUGUAUAUGUUAAAUUUGGGGAAAAAGACUUCCCCUUAAUCAGCAGAUUCCAUGAAUCUGACUGAAAAUUAAGGUGGGGAAAUACAAGUGAUAAAUAAAUACGUGGGUAACCAAUUCA